GAAAUGGUCAACUUUUAUUUCAUCAAACUUCUCGAACACUUCAUGUGCUAGAAAUCUGACCAUUGUUUGCAGUAAGCUGUUAGAAAUAAAUUUUAAAAUGCUAUAGCAUAUACAAUACUUUGUGUUGUGGACGUGAUCAAUAAUCGUUUUUGUUCAAAAAAGACAAUUUGAUACCUCGAUUGAUCGUAUUGUUGUUGUUGCCAGUUGGCGAUCGAGUUUUGAGUUGUGUUAUCAUUCUUAUGCAAUGAUACUUUGUUAUUUGGUGGAAAGAACUUAUAAAAAGCAAAAUUUAUGUGAAAAAGAGCAUUGUUCCAAAUGAUAACUCAAAGCCUUUUUUCAAUGAAAGACUUUUUGUGUCACCGAUGAUUGUUAACUGAUUGCUGAGGAGAAAGAAAACAAAUAAUGGACGAUAAGCUAUCAGACUUAGAUGCUAUCUAUGUUUCGUGUGUCCUGGAAGACUGUUUAGAUCAGUUGGCCAUUCUGGGGACGAUAAUGCCUUCGAAUUUAGAAAGGCGUGCAAAUGCUGAACAGAUCGUUGACAGUGAGAUAGCUGAAAUUUUAGAAGGUCAAAGACAGCUUGAAAGUAAAUUUGAAAACUUAGUUUUGAAACGCGAGAAAUCAAGAAUGGGAAAAACGCUUCAAUCUCAAAACGUGGAAAACGACAAACGAAUUUUGCAAGCUGCAUCUAAUCUUAGAGAUGGUGCUUUGGAAGUGAGCAGAAGUUUCAAAAAUAAUCCAUUAAGCAACGACAAUAUUGCAAAAACACAAGCUGACAGAAAAUUUUUGCAAGAUGUCAUCCAGGCAACCCUAGAAGAAGUGAAUUCGUCGCAGACCUUUCAGUCUUUAACAGAUGCUGUCAACAGAGAAAUUCAAAAAAAAGAGCAACUACAACAAACAAUACUAAGGGAAGAAGAGAGUCGAAAGGCCGUGAAAACAUUGCAACGUCAGCUUGUUGAAGUCCGUAAACAAAAAGAGCAAGAAAUUCAGCAAAGAAAUGAAAUGAUUGCGCAUCUAAAAGAUCAACUUCAGGAGAUGAAAGCAAAAGCGAGCAUGGAAGGAAAAUACAUCAGAAAGGAUGCUGAUGUACGAGUCAGCAUCACUCAAAAGAUAUGCCAGCAGUCGGAAGACAGUCUGAAACAAGAAUUAGAAAAAUUGCAGUAUAAGAUUGGGGAGGAAUCGCGGGUAAACGAAGAAAUUGAAUCCUACCUUCGCACACAUCAUCAAGAAUUAGAAGAAAAAGUAGAAUAUUGGAUGGAGAAAUAUGACAAAGAUGUCGAAGCUAAGCAACACGAACUAGACGUUCUUAAGGCAUCGAAAGCUCACGAUUUAUCUCGACUUCAAGAGCUUACUCAAAAAUAUUCCGAGUACGAGAAAGUUGUGAUUGAAGACAGGAUAGAAAAAGAGAAAUUACGACGACAGGCUGAACAAGAAGAAGAGGAACUCAAAGCAACUAUCAAUAUUCAAUCGUGGUGGCGUGGUGUCAUGGUUAGAAGACAACUUGGACCGUACAGCUUAAAAAAGAAGAAAAAAGGCAAAAAAGGAAAGUCGGCAAAGAAAGGAGGAAAAGGAAAAAAGAAAUAAUAUACCUUAUUAAUUAAAACCAUGAAUAAAAUUUAUCUUUCUAAUGUUACAAUGCAUAUAAUGCAUAUUUAUAUUGUAAAAAUUACGUUUGCCAAAAAUAAUAAUUGAAAAUUAUCCUCUUUUCCAA